AUGAGCUCGGACUUGUCUUCGCUGCUCAACUCCUCACGCGCUCUGAAUGCUCAUCUUUCGAGGCCUGACCUUCCUACGGUCAAUCUGUCUCUCGACCAGAUAGAGGCCCAGUCGCGACGCCUCGUUUCGCGUCAACCUGCUGCUGCGACCGAUGCCGACCGCGCGAACUAUCUUUUAGCUCAAGCCCACGUAGAUGCACCUGCACUCGCUAGUUCCAUCGCGCACCUCAAUACCUCUACUACCUUUUCACCUCUGCAACCUCUCCAGGACACUGAUGUCGCGGGGUACCUCCGUCACGCCCACGAACAGAAUCUCAUAUCAACCAUCGAAGAAGGAAGGCGGGAGACGCAGGAAGCGUUCUACAACCUCCUAGAAGAGAGAAGCAGAAAAGACUGGGAGGCGAAGAAAAGGAGAGUCUUCGAGGAGCUUGGAGGGAGAUCUUUGGUAGCUACUACGGCAGGAGCAGAUGGCAAAGCACUCGCAGAAAUGAAGAAGAGCUUUCAUUCGAGGGCAAACCUUUCUGCAAGCACGGGUCCAAGUCUCACACUACAGAUGCAAAGCAAGAUGAUGGCUUACGACCGGACCGUAUGCGAACUCAACGCAGCAAGGUCACGAGGGAUGUCGUGUCCUAUCAUCCAUCUCCUUAUGCAAGCUGCCGCGAACUUGAACCUAGACCCUUCGUCAAUGCAGAUGGUGUCAAACUGUCAAAUUCUCAUCAAAAUAACUGGUGAACCACCUGCGCUCCCCCCUGUGGAACACGCAGGAGCACACAUCCUUAAUGCCCCUCUCUUUGAGAGAAAAUUCGCGCGGGCGUACCUCGGCGAUCCUGAAUCGCGUGAGGCAGCUUCGUUGAGGGCUCAAAUUGCCCAGGGUGGGCGAGAAGCGCUCGAGGACCAGUUUUGGGGUAUUAUCGAGCGGGGGAUUCAAGCGCGAGCGGUGGAAGCAAGAUUGGGCGGUGAUCCAAGCGUGGCAAACAAGAUCAGAGCGUUUCUCGGUGUAAAGUAUUACAAGAACGGCCAAUGGGAAGACCACAUAGAAAUUGUAGCAGGUCAACCACUCUGGGCUAAACUAUUCUAUCUCGUGCGAACUGGCCAUGCGCAAGAGGCCCUUGACGAGGCCGUACGCUGCCAGGCUGCCAUUGAACACCGCGAGCCCAGCUUCGUGAGCCACUUCCGGUCUUGGAUCGAAUCGCCAGACAGGCGUUUGUCAAAAUCCCACCGGGAUUAUCUUCAGUCGGUGUAUAAUGCACACAUGUUGCAUGCGGCAACAACGGAUCCAUUCAAGCUAGCGUUGUACAAACUCAUGGGUCGAUUGGAGCCCUCGAGACGCUCCGCCCUUCACGUCACGGCUACCAUUGAGGACUGGCUGUGGUUCCAACUUGCAAUGGUUGAUGAGGAAGAGGAAGGGGGUCUCCGUGGGCUCAUGGAAGUCUUGCUCAGUUACGGCGAACACCACUUUGAGACAGCCAAAAAAGGCGUGUGGGCGAGUGUCCUUCUCAUGUGUGGCCAGUUCGAGAGGGCUGUCGCUGUUCUCUGGGAACAUCCGGAGACAGAGGUCGAGGCCAUCCAUUUGGCUAUCGCUCUUGCUUACCAUGGACUUUUACGUGUGCCACCCCGUGCAGAAACUUCAGACCUCAGUCCCCUAACAAUCUCGCCAGUCCACCCUCCUGCACUCAGCCUGUCUACACUUAUCUGGCGGUAUGUCCGCCAGUUCGUCAAGAUGGAUGCCAAGGAGGCGUUACAGUACGUCUAUUGUGUCUGCCUUGCGGCUGAUCAGGCCAAUGGUGUCGGAAGUGAAACCCUUGAGAGCGCCUGGGAACUCGUUCGGAGGAUCAUCGUCUUGGCUCAUUCGGGACCGGCCUGGGAUGAACUUGUUGGAGGGUUUAGACCAGACGGGACGAAAUUCAAUGGCAUUGUUGAACAGGGCGCGCCCCUAUUGCACUUACAGAAUAUCACUCAGUACAACAAUCAAAUUCUUAUCCGGGCGGCUCGCGAAUGUGAAGAGAACGACCGCAUCCCAGAAGCAAUCAAACUUUAUAACCUCGCUGGUGACUACGCCACUGUCAUUGCUUGUCUCGCACAAGCUCUCGGAAAUACUCUCUCGCUCCCAAUGGCCGAGAAUGAGAAAGGAAAAAUUGUCGAGAAGACGGCGAUAGAGAUAUUAAAACACUACGAGAGGAUGAACAGGGCUGUGGGCAAGGACAGGGAAGCCGCCGUUCGCCUUCUACGCGUUAGAGAGGCUAUCAACGCCAAAAAUGCUGGUCGUCCUGACGUCGCUCUCGAAAUCAUGGAGUCAACCGACCUCAUCCCCUUGGAUGGCGACGUUGCCAAGAUCACUCGCCGGGCGGAGGAAUUCAAAGACCUCCAUGAUGCUCUGCAGCGCAACUUGCAAGUUUACCUACCUCUCACGAUGGACUGCCUCGCCGCUUUGCAUCAGUCAAUAAAAGCGUCAUCUGCUGUCACGGAGGCUACCCGACAGAUGUCCUUGACCACACUCAGAAAGAAGUCUAGGCCACUAAUGGUGUUCGCGGGUAUUUUGAAGUACAGAAUGUCACCGGAUGUGUAUUCGUAUCUGGCACGGCUGGACGUGGAGAUUUCCUUGUAA